AUGUCAGGUAUAGCUGCUUUCGAAUCGCAAGGAUCCUUACCUCCAAUGCCACCACCACCACCACCAUCUGGAGAUUACUUUAGAACAGGACCAGCAGAAGUGCGUCGGGCUGAUCUCGAAGGCUUGCGAGACAAAAUCUACGGCAUCAAACCUGAGAAACCACCAGAGCGUGGAAAGUUAUCGCCACCGCUACAAAGAACCCAAGAGGAUGAAUCUGUGCCGAAACACAAGGUUGUAUCGCAAAAGGGGUCCGUUUCUGUCUCCGUGAGUGGACUUCCUUUACCUACAAAAGUACCUGGAAAGGUGCGUGAAACACAGGAGCCAGCAGUGGGUAAGCGCGUAUCUCAUGCAUUAGCAAAGAGUAUCAUUCAAUCAUGA